CUUCUGAACACGGACUUCAGAUGUCUAUCAUUUACCAGCAAGAAACUAAAACAAACUUCUCAUACGAUAAUAAUAUCGUUCAGGAUAAAGUACAUGGAGAUAAUCAAAAUGAUUUGAAAUCUAAAGAAAUAGAAAUGAAUAAAUUUGAUGACAACCCUGAAUCCAUAAAAUCAACAAAACCUUUUUCAGAUGAUUGGCUGGAUUAUUUGACACCUCAAGUAUUUUAUGUUAUGAAAUCAGAAUUUCAAACGUCGAUCUUAGAUCAACAACCACUUGAAAGCAACUCUGGAGAAAAAUUCCAUUUGCCCAAUCAACAAGAAUCUGAUGAAUCGAAAAUGGAUAUGAAAAAAAUUGAAGAAUCAAUGCUUAAAAAUUCAAAUAAUUCAGAGAUGCUAUUAUUUUCUGAAUUCAAUCAUGAAUAUGCCGAUCGCGCUAUUCCAAAUAUCAAAAUUACAACUCUACCAAUUACAAUCACAGAAUCAAACGAAAAAGACAUUUCAGAUCCUCAUUCAAUUCUAAUUAAAUCUGAUUAUUCAACGGGCGAUAAUAGAGAAAAGAAAGCUGUAGUAGAUCAGUAUGAAACGAAAUCAAGUAUGGACCGAUCGAAAUUCAUUUAUUCUAAUGUUUCCAAAAAAGUAGUUAACAAAUUUCAUAUUCCUGUUUCUUCUGACGAUUGGCUAGAUUAUCUAUCGAUUAAAGGUACUAGAACUCAAAAAUCAGACCUAAAAAUGUCAAUCAUUGAUUUGCAACCACUUGAAAAUGUUGAUAAGGAAAAAUUAUCAAAUAGUCUUGAUAUUUCUUCCACAAAAUCAAUAAAAAUUUCCAAUACUAGCUCCAAACAAUUUGAUAUGACAACAUGCAAAGAAACAAAAAGUUCUUUUGAAUCAUUUGAACAAAACAAAAGAUUGUCCCAAAAUGAAAACCAAAAUCAUUUGCACCGAAUGAAUGAGAAUAAUGAUACCAAUGAUAAAAUUUCUGGUGAAAACUUAAAUUCUACAAUUACUACAUUGCAGCACAACAUCACACAACUCAUGCUCAGUGAAAUUGGCAAAAAAUCAGCUACCGAACAAAAAAAUGAUAUCGCUGGAAAAUGUUCUCAAAUCGAUAGCGAUGAAAAUUUGAAAUCCCAAUUGGGACCAAUAAUUGAUGAUGAUGAUGAUGAUGAUGAUAAACGAGAGAAAUUUGGAAUACAGGUUGUUAAAAAUAAAAAUCUCAUGACAAACAGAAAUCGAACUUUGCCAUUACCGACGUUUUCAAUUAGUCUAUCGCAUGAUAAUGAGCACUCAUUUCAAACUGGUUUAAAAGUCCAGAAACCAUCAGAUUCUAAAGAACCAAAAACUAAAACUAAACAAAGAAGAAACAAAACUGAAUUUUUCACAAAUGAUGGCGAAAAUGAUAAAGAAUUGAUCGACAAAAAUCCCGUUCAAUCGUCAAAAUCUUCAUCAUCAUCAUCAUCAUCGCCAUCGACUGUCAAUAACUUAAAUUUUUCUACGAUGAAAACUUGGAAUAAUAUUAGAAAUUCAUCAUCAUCGGAUAAUGAUCAUAAAACAUUAUCUGCAACAAAACAAGCUAAAAUUCGAAGUAAAAAAAUUCGUAAACAUUGUGAUGUUAAAAGUCUAAAAGUCAUCGACAUGAAUGUGUUGGAAGCUAAAAUUAAUGGCAAUAGAUAUGAAAAAAUUGAAUCCACACAAAAGCCGAUUCGAAAUCCUAAAUCAUCACUUGAUACGAUUAUUGAUAAUAGUGAUAAUGAUGGUUCAUCAACACCACCAUCAACUCAGAUAAAACGGUUUAAACGUAUCUUUCAAUAUUCUCUACCAUUUUAUUUUUUUCUCUUACUAUUGCUUUUAAUAUUCCUUAUUAUACCUAAAGAUGAAAAUGAAUUCAAUUGCCUAUUACGGAAUGAUUAUACAAUGACAUUGAAGAAAAUUUAUUUACAUGGAGCGCCACCGAUUUAGUUGAUGAUUGAAUAUUUUUGAUAAAUAUUUUCAUAUUUUUUCACCAGUUUGUUUAUCAUCAAAUGCCU